AUGCAGUCGCAAAGUCGCUGGUACUUGAAUGCCCGGGCCAGCUCCCCUGCGAGCUCAGCCGAGGAUGCCUUCAAAGAGGCGCUUGCCGUCUUUCAGCUGGAUCCCCGCACCUGCGCCAAAUUCGACAGAGUUCAGCAACUUCAAAGUCUCAACGACUUGGAAAGCGUUCUCAACGAAGCGCGAUCCAAGUACGAGCGACAACAUGAGGAUAAAAAGGUCGCUAAGUGGUUAUCAAAGCUAUCGUUGCGCAUCUGCCAUUAUGGCCAGAUCUUUGACGUCCUCGUCCAGCAUCACCCUGAGUACGUCAGUCUGGCAUGGGGGGCAAUGAAGUUUCUCUUCGUCUUAGUGGAAAACCAUGGGAAGCAACUCAGAGUCCUUGCGAAAGGCUUAAGCCAAAUCGCGGACGUAUUACCGCGCAUAGAAUCCGCAAAUAUCCUCUACCCUACCGAUCGCAUGCGCCAUGCAGUAUCCGAGAUUUAUAGUAAAAUCAUCCAGUUCUUCCUUCGGGCGGAGCGUUGGUAUCAGCAAGGCAAACUGCGCCAUGCGUGGGAAGCCCUGAGUCGACCCGCCGAGCUCUACUACAACGACUUGGUCCAGGAAGUCGAAGAAUGCACGAGAUCGAUUGAAGUAUUGGCGAACGCAGGUGCUCAGGCGGAGCAGCGCGAUAUGCAUCUGGAAAUCAAAGAAUUGGGCAAGAGGCUGAAAAGCUCGGAAGAAACCCUCCAGGAAGUGAGAGGGCUGCUCAUCUCGUACCAGUCGAUUCAAACGAGUGCGAAUCUGGACACCAACCACCGCCUGACGGAUCUCCAGCUGAACCAGAUCAUGGAUUUCCUCUCUGGUGCGAAUGCGCUGGAUCCGCUGAAAGCCCUGCAAUACCGCGCUUUCAUGAGUGCUCGCACCAGAGGCCGUCGGUUGAAAGAGGAGACGGGGUCGCAAUUCUGGUCAAAUUCGAAGUUUGCCGCCUGGGAGUCUGCAUCAUCACCCGCUAUGAUUAUGGUGAAAGGCGAAUACAGCACUCGAUUUCAAGUCCAGGGGUUCGCCGUUGACGUCAUACACGACCUGCGCAAUCGGACCGUCCCCAUACUCUGGGCUCUGAACAGACGGAACGCUCACUUGCGCUGA